UUAAUACAUACGUCAAUAAGAACCAAAAUUUUAUUCUCCUGCUUGACGGUUAUAUCUUUAGCCAAAAGGAUCGGUGCUUCCAAGAUCUACAAAGACACCUCGUGACAAAGAUGCCAUCGCUUCGACGAAGAUGCUCCGUUUAUGCCUUUGUAGCAUACGGUUUGGCCCUCAAGAAAACAUUCUUAAAUGCUUGUUUUGCUUCUUUGAACAGUUUAUUUUCCCAAAAUUCCUUCUAGUGAGUGGUAUGGAUGAUCAAGACUUGUCGGUAUUGCAAGGUUUUACUUCCCGGCUUAUAGUCCCCUUUGCCUUUGUGGUAGAGUUUGUAACCUUUGGGGUUACUAUGAAUGCGAUCAAGCAAGAAGUAGUGAAGCUUGUACUUGUAUGUCGAUCUCUUAUGUGCUCUUUCUUUGAUUUGUAUCUUAUCUAUCAUUCGUUUAACCAUUUUUUGGUAACCUUUUUGGCAAUUGUUGCCUUUUUUCUUUGCAUUUCCUUUGUUAUGGAUGUAUUUUCUUCUCUUGUAUUAGAGGUUGCUGUGACUCUUUAAUCUAAUGAAAGUCAUAUGUUUGCCC